AUGCUCAAGCUCAAUGGCUCAGUGUUUAUGCCUUCAGUGCUGACACUGAUUGGGAUCCCUGGCUUGGAGACUGUGCAGUUUUGGAUUGGGAUUCCUUUCUCUGCCAUGUACAUCAUUGCUGUGUUUGGGAAUUCCCUGCUCUUGAUCAUCAUCAAAGCUGAGCGCAGCCUCCAUGAGCCCAUGUAUAUCUUCCUGGCAAUGCUUGGGGCAACAGACAUUGCUCUCAGUACCUGCAUCCUACCCAAAAUGCUAGGAAUAUUCUGGUUUCACCUGCCACAAAUAUAUUUUGAUGCUUGUCUCUUGCAGAUGUGGCUCAUCCACUCAUUGCAGUGUAUUGAGUCAGGUAUUUUGCUGGCCAUGGCCCUGGACCGUUAUGUGGCAAUCUGUGAUCCUCUGAGACAUACAGUCAUUUUUACCCACCAGUUUCUCACUCAGAUUGGGGUUGGGGUGACACUCAGAGCAGCCCUGUUUGUAGCUCCAUGUGUCAUUCUCCUCAAAUGCUGGCUGAAAUUCUACAGGACCACUGUGGUCUUACAUUCAUAUUGUGAGCACAUGGCCAUCGUGAAGUUGGCAGCAGGUGAUGUUCAAAUUAGUAAGAUCUAUGGUCUGUUUGUGGCUUUCAGUAUACUUGGACUUGAUGUAAUCUUCAUCACACUUUCCUACAUUCGAAUAUUUAUAACUGUUUUCAAUCUGCCUCAAAAAGAAGCAAGAUUCAAGGCCUUUAACACCUGCAUUGCCCACAUUUGUGUCUUCCUUGAGUUUUAUCUCCUGGGUUUCUUUUCCUUCUUUACACACAGGUUUGGGUUCUAUAUUCCAUCCUAUAUUCAUAUUCUUCUGUCCAACCUUUACCUACUUGUCCCUCCUUUGCUCAACCCUAUUGUUUAUGGGGUAAAGACCAAACAAAUUCGAAAUGGAGUGUUCAAGAUCUUCUACUCUAAAAAUCCUUCCUAA